UCCUUUUUGUGACUGUCAACCACGUGGUUAAAGUACAGCUGAGCUCAGCAGCUUUUCUCUCUGGUUCAAUGGUUUUCUGGGGCUGUGCUAGCUAGCCAUAUCCAUAAGCUGUAAAGUAUGAAUGAGGAACAGUACAUGUAUCACAAGGAACACCCACGUCUGCUAAUCCCUGAGCUGUGUAGGUUGUUCUAUUCUCUAGGAUGGGUUACAGGCACUGGUGGAGGAAUUACCAUCAAGUUAGGAGAUGAGAUAUACAUCGCACCAUCAGCUGUACAGAAAGAGCGAAUAAAGCCUGAGGACUUGUUUGUGUGUGACAUAGACGGAAAAGAUAUCGCUGUACCAUCUCCUAGUAAGCAACUGAGGAAGAGUCAGUGCACACCUCUGUUCAUGGCUGCCUACAGAAUGAGAAAUGCCGGGGCGGUCAUCCACACCCACUCCAAGUCGGCAGUGAUGGCCACCCUCUUCUACCCGGGCACAGAGUUCCGAGUGACCCACUUGGAGAUGAUAAAAGGGAUCAGACGUGGGGAGAGUGGGGGGAACCUGCGAUACAACGAGGAGCUGGUGGUACCUAUUAUUGAGAACACACCAGAGGAGAAGGACUUGGAGGAUCGUCUAGUGCAAGCAAUCACUGCCUACCCUGAAACCUGUGCAGUGCUGGUGAGGAGACAUGGAGUGUACGUGUGGGGAGAGAGUUGGCAAAAGGCAAAGACAAUGAGUGAGUGUUACGACUAUUUGUUUGAUAUUGCUGUCCAAAUGAAGCAAAGUGGCUUAGACCCCACUAAGCCCCCCUCCUGAUUGACCACACCCUAUAUAUAAACUCUGUUGUAUUAUUUGGACAGCUAGUGCACACGGUUUCCUCCGAGUUGAUUGUAUUGUUAUAUAGUUGAGGUUUUGUCUAAUGUCGUUCAUCAGCUUUUCCUGGUUUUGCAUAAUACAUGCCACUGUGAUUGUUUCUAACAAUCAGGUACA